ACAGAUAUAAGGUAAUCUGAUUUGACUUGAAUUUUCCCGAUUAUAAUUCUUAUUAUAAAAGUGGUUCAAGCAUGAGUACAAUCGUAGUAACUAAUGAAAAUGUUGCGAUUAAUUUAACUGGCUAUGUAAGUUCCAAAGAAAAUCCAUGGAAGCGAAGUACAAAAUCUCGCAUUACCCAGAAAAUUUUUAAUUUAGCUCAGUGGAUUCAAAUUACUACACAGUCAAUACAGUAAUCUCAAAGGACCCACCCAAUUCGAGCGCCUUAGAAACAUUUCUAGCUAUUUUGCCAUCAUUUUUUUACAUGUUUUUUACAGUAACGGCAUUGUCAUUACUCUCCACAAAGCAAAAAGUGGUAUCAUUCCUUAUUGAAUUUUCAUUUAUAGUUAUUCCUGUUAUACUUAAUGUAACAAUAUUAACAGAGUAUCUCAAAGAUAUUGUGUAUGCAUUGUCACUUGUCAUUGGUUUUAUGUUGUUCUUAGUUUUGAACAAACCCCUAGUGAAAAAUAAAGCUCAAGUUAGGUCAUCCCAUACGAGGAACUAUAUAACAAAUGCUCGUUCUACAAUUAACUUAAUAAGUGUCAUAGCAAUACUAGCUGUUGACUUUCAGACAUUUCCAUCCCGAUUUUCUAAAACCCAAACUACAGGUUUUAGUUUAAUGGAUGUUGGAGUUGGACUUUUUAUUUAUUCAAAUGGAAUUGUCGCUCCAGAAGCUAAAGAAAGGCCAGAUAGUAUUAAAAAGUCCUUAAAAAGCUGUAUCACCUUAACGACCCUGGGAAUAAUCAGACUUAUCUUAACUAGAAUUACCGCAUAUCAUGUUUCUGAAGUAGAGUAUGGUUUGCACUGGAAUUUUUUUAUAACUUUAGCUGUAACUAAGCUAUUCACAUCAAUCAUAUUAAAUGUAGUCAGUAUCAAAUACAUUUAUGCAAGUGCUAUAUUUCUCACAUUUACCCAUGAAGUAUUUUUAGAGACAAUAUUUAAAAAGUUUGUUUUUGGAGAUAUAGUGAGGGAUAAUUUUAUAUCAGCCAAUAGGGAAGGGUUAGUAUCUUCCAUUGGGUAUAUAACUUUAUAUUUAUAUUCAGUGUACUUUGGUUAUUUCAUAUACCAUAAAGAGAGGAGUAAAUUCAACACCCACCUAAAACUUUUUGUCUGCUCAGCAGCAUGUCUUUCAUUAACUUUAAUUUUUGAUUACCUUUUUGGAGUGUCCAGAAGAGUAGCAAGUUCUGGUUAUAUCUUCUGGGUCUUGUUUAUAGGAGUAUUUAUGACUUGGUUGUUCUACUUAGCAGAAAAUUUACAAACAUUUUUUUUUACUAGGAGACUGACUUUCUACCUUUGUUCCCCAAUUAUUUUUGAAGCAAUUAACUACAACGGACUAAUUUUCUUCCUAUUAGCCAAUAUUUUGACUGGUUUAAUCAAUAAGCUUUUAAAUACAAAAAGCUAUGGCCCUAUAAGUUCAUUAUUAAUAAUAUCUUUCUAUAUGUUGUUAAAUUGUAUGGUAGUUUUUAUACUCUAUACGAAACAAAUCAAAAUAAAGUUUUGAAACAUGUUAUUUUGUUUUA